AUGACAUCUCUGCUCUUGCUAACAAGUACAGCCUCAAGGUCAAGACAAAGCAGCGACGCGUCUCCGGUCACAAUCGAAGCCGAAUCGGGAAAAGAUGACGAUGCCUGGUGGUAUAAAGGAAUGGACACGCUGUUUUUGACAAAGUCCGGAGAGCGCCAUUAUGUUGGGACUGCCUCUUCGACAUAUCUCGCCCAGAAGCUCAAUCCCACUUCAGACAACAACUUAUCCUGGGAUGUCCAUCCGAUGUACAAAGACCCCUCCUCGCUUCAGCGUCCCCAAAGUCAUAUCUUACCACAACUGCCUCCGUAUGAGUUCGCCAAACGACUCUUCGUGGCUCAGUACAUGUACAUCGGGACAAUUUUCUCAUUUCUGCAACCCGACGAUUUCGAGACAAGGCUUCAGCAAAUCUAUAGCUGUCCUCCCAAUCUGGAAAACAGGGAGGAGUGUCUCACCUACUGUCAAAUACUGCUGAUCUUCGCAUAUGGUCAGAUGUACUCUGUCAAUCAGUGGUCAGGGACCGAUGGCCCCCCUGGAUUCACUUACUUCAAACACGCUUUGUGGCUACUUCCGGACAUCCACCAAGAAGGUUCCAUCCUGUUUGUGGAGGUGCUCGGGCUCCUUGCCCCAUACUUGCAAAAUCUCAACAGAAAAGAUGCUGCCUUUCUCUACAUAGGCCUGGCUCUGCGCAUGGCAAUCUCCUUGGGUCUUCACCAAGAGGUGGAUGACCCCGGAAUGGAUAUGGGAGAACGAGAGCAUCGGCGAAGGGUUUGGUGGUCGGUGUACAGUAUGGAUAGGAUCUUGUCCGUGAAAUCAGGCAAUCCAGUCUCCAUUCACGACGAAGAUAUUGAUGUCAACAUGCCAAGUCCUAUCCCGGGAGUUGACCGCGAUCCAUCUCCUCCAAGAGUCCUGGCACACUACACUCAGUUGUCUCGAAUCCUAGGAAGGAUUGGAGAGGGAAUCUACCGGAAGAAGUCGAAGUCGGGGACAAGUCUGCUCACUUCCGUCCAGAACAUCAUGAACGAUCUGUCAAAGUGGCUGAAGCAUGUGCCACCUGAACUUGGAAUUGAUUUGACAGCCCUGCACCGACCCCUGUCAAGGGAAGGUGUCUCGACCUUUCUUCACUACUACCAGUGCAUCAAUAUGACAGCACGUCCGUUGCUGUAUUAUGUCAUACAGAGGAGACUGGAGGCGCUUGCGGAUGGCACGGCUUCUCCAAACUGGAAGGAUGGACUAUCCCCGAGCGUUGUGACAGUGAUUGAUAAUACCAUCGCCGCUGCUCGCGCAAGUACACUGAUCAUGAGUGCGGCAGCAAGGCAGGGCCUCUUUGCAACGUAUGGGUUCAUGGACGGCGAGCACGCCUUUUCCGCAUCCUUGACCCUUGUGAUGGUCAAUGUUGCCUUCCCGUACAACGAACGAGAUGCGAGAGCCAUGGAGGCGGCACUUGAUGUGCUUCGAAGCAUGGCAGAAAAGGGGAACGAAUAUAUCCAAGCUCGACUGACGCUUCUGACGAACCUCCGCUCUUCAAUUGGUCCCCGAGCUCCAAGCUACAGGCACCAAGCCAACGUGCCAGUGACGGUGCCAGUCUAUCAACGCGAGGACUCAAAUUAUGCCUCAAAGUACGGAAGCUUGCCCCUGGCAACGCCCACGCCUAUCUCAUUACAAGAUGCAAGUCCACAGCUUGACAACAACUUCCAGCCGCUGCAGGACAUAUCCGUCGACCUUACAGAAGACGACCCCCAAUUCUGGGAAGAAAUUCGAAAUAUUGACAUGGAUAUGGACAUGGACAGCAUUGGCUGGAUUGAAAAUGCACUUCGGAAUGAGGCAUAUCUGUUUCCACAUACCAUGCAGCCUGGAGGGCCAGGAGUCUGA